CUUGGAGGCUGGAGCUUCCCGAGCCGAUCUCGAUCUGACUAACAAUUGCUGUCGCUGAUGAAAGCUGAGCCCUUUUGUUCCGACAAAGUAAUUCCGGUAGCCGCUGUACUGUAGCAUCCCCGACCGUUGGCCGGAAUCCCAAUCUUAAAUCAAUCUCUUCCUCUUGUCGUCCGCCGAUUCUUUUCAAGCCAAAAGCAAGCCUGCUUCUCCUGGCUGAAAAAAUGGAGGCUGACGGGGGAGGUCUACGGCAAGGGCAAGAGCAAGAGCGGUGGUGUGUGGUUACCGGAGGGAGAGGAUUUGCGGCUAGGCAUUUGGUGGAAAUGCUGAUCAAAUACAAUAUGUAUCAUGUUCGUAUUGCGGAUUUAGGACCUGCAAUCAAGCUCGAACCUUACGAAGAGAAUGGAACUCUUGGCGAUGCAUUGAAAUCUGGCCGUGCUUCUUAUGUUUCCGCUGACCUUCGAGAUAAGUCUCAGGUACUUAAAGCUUUUCAUGGAGCGGAGGUAGUUUUUCACAUGGCUGCUCCAGAUUCGUCAAUCAACAACCACCAGCUUCAUUAUUCUGUUAAUGUGCUAGGAACAAAGAAUGUCAUUGAUGCAUGUGUCGAGUUAAAAGUAAAAAGACUUAUAUGUACAAGCUCACCAAGCGUGGUAUUUGAUGGAAUUCAUGGAAUCUAUAAUGGGGAGGAAACGUUGCCUUAUCCUGCCAAGCAUAAUGAUUCGUAUUCUGCAACCAAAGCAGAAGGGGAAGCUCUGGCUCUCAAGUCAAAUGGCACUAAUGGCCUUCUAAUAUGUUGCAUUAGACCGAGCAGUAUUUUUGGCCCUGGUGAUAGAUUGCUUGUUCCUUCGUUAGUUGCCGCGGCCAAGGCUGGUAAAAUGAAGUUCAUAAUCGGUGAUGGCAACAACCAGUACGAUUUUACCUACGUUGAAAAUGUAGCACAUGCUCAUAUAUGUGCUGAACGAGCACUGGCUUCUGGAGGAGCUGUUGCAGAAAAAGCUGCUGGACAGGCAUUUUUCAUUACUAACAUGGAGCCUAUCAAAUUUUGGGAGUUUAUAUCGCUAAUACUUGAAGGCCUCGGUUACAAGAGGCCAACAGUCAAAAUACCUGUCUUUGUGGUGAUGCCAAUUGCGCACAUGGUCGAGCUGAUAUAUAAGAUACUGGCUCCAUAUGGGAUGAAGGUUCCACAGUUUACACCUUCAAGAAUCAGGCUUCUGUCAUGCACUAGAACAUUUAACAGUUCAAAGGCAAAUGAUUGUCUUGGCUACACACCAAUUGUCUCAUUACAGGAGGGUAUCAAGCGGACAAUUGAAUCAUACCCAGACUUGAGGGCUGAAGUUCAAACCAAAAAGGAUGGAUCCUCCAAGGCGUCGAGAUUCCUCGGGAGUGGAAUGGUUGCAGACACCCUUCUUUGGAGAGAUAAAAAGAAAACGGUGAUAGCAUUGCUGGUUAUAGCUGCAAUGUACUUCAAUUUCAUAGCAUCUGGAUACACGAUGAUAACUGCAGUUUCCAGGCUUGUCUUGGCAGCUGUUGUUUUCAUCUUCAUCAACGGGAGGUUACCAGAGAGAUUGCUGGGCUAUCGACUUGAAAGAAUACCUGAGUCCAAGUUCCACAUCUCACAAGAGGCUUCACACCAAGUUGCUCAAUCAAUUGCCUCCAGGUGGAAUGCUAUCAUGAUUGACUUGAAAUCUCUUUGCAGAGGAAAUGAUUGGAUGCUCUUCCUGAAGGUGGUUUUGUAUCUUCUGAUUCUCAGCAUCCUUGGAGCAAUUUCAUUGCAGAGUUUGUUUAUGAUAGGGAUACCCAUUGUCUUUGUUAUGUUCUUGAUCUAUGAGAAGAAAGAAGAAGAUGUUGAUAGAUUUAUUCAACAAAUUAGACCAUACCUUGCUGGGAAGUUUUCAGAGUCGAAGAAACAACAGUGAUUGACUGAUUGUAAUCCAUCCACAAGCACUUUCAUUUUCUACAUUCUUCGAUGGAUCUGCCUUCUUCAAAUUUUCCCUCAAUCUGAGGGUUUUGAGGCCUUUUGAGUCUGAACGUUUCAAUUUGUGCAUGCCACAUUUUUUUGGCUCUUCUUUACUUGUAGUUUAAGUUGAUGAAGUGCUUAUCGUAGCAUUGGGGACAUUGCUUGCUCAUCUAAUUUGCUUCUUUAGUUGUAGUUUAACUGUUUAAGUUGAUGAAGUGCUUACAGUAGCAUUCGCUUCCACAUCGUGAAUCCUUCAUUCGUAAUGGAGGGAAACUUGCACUGUUGGUGAUUUACAGUUGAUUAUUAUAAUUAUACGAGAAUUUACCUUAAAUGACCAUUUGUAGUGAGUAAAGGUAGUUUAUGUCACAAUCAUGAUGUAUGCUAGGCAAGAUGUAUGGUGCAUGUUUGCUACUAGUACUUUCUUUACCCUUUUAGCAGGAGAUCAUUUUUUUUAUUCUUAAUGAUUCAAAACAUAGACAAACACCUCUGUUUGUUUCAUUUUUACAAUGGUUUUUUCAUAUUAAUAUAAUAAUAAUCGUAG